UGUGUUGUAGAAAUAAGUGUAGAAAAAACUAAAUGUCAAAACUGGAGUAAAGCAUAUGGUAAUAAUUUUGGUUUUGGGUGUUACGUUCUAAGGGGAACGGGCACAGUGAAAUUUUUUUAUUGUUUAUAUCAGAAAUAAAUUUAGAAGGAUCAUUACUUGUUUUAACGUCUGAAACGCCUAGUAGAUAAAAAUUUUAAGAUGGCUGAAGAGAAUCAUAAUGAUAAGGACUUAAAUGAUCUUUUGGACAGCGCUUUGGAAGAUUUUGAUAAAACUACCACAAAUUCCGCCGGCGGUGAUGCAAGUGCAUCUAAUUCUGAAGCCACUGACACUGAGAAAUUCAUAAUGGAGCAAACGCACUUGCUCGCAGAGCGUAUGAGCUCAUUAUUUGGUGCACCAGACACACCCACAAGUGAAGUUAAUAAUUUGACUGAGAGCGGCUUCAAGAAAAUGGCCGAAGCUGCUGUGCUUACUUUAGAGGGCGAGAACCCAGCCAACGAUGAUGAAGUCGCUAAGUAUUCAGAUAUAAUUGCACAAGCACUUACGGGACUGCAAGAAGGUAGUGAAAAUUUAGCAUCUUCAGAUCAUUUAUCCAAUAUGUUCCAAGGUCUAAAUUUAUUCGACUCUAGUGAUGGUGAGGGUAACGCAUUCCUACCACUAAUGGAGGGAAUGAUGCAAAGUUUAUUAUCGCCUGAAAUUUUACUACCCAGUAUCAAAGAAUUAUUGACUAAAUAUCCAAAAUACUUGGAGGAUAAUGCAGAUAAACUAUCUCCAGAGGAUAAAGAGCGCUACACUAAACAAUUGGAUCUCUACAGAACCAUAGAAGGCCAUUUGGAAUCCCAAAAUGCCACUGAUAAUGCGCACAUUAAACGUGAAAAGUUCAAAACUGUUCUUGAAGAUAUGCGUAAAUUACAAGAAUAUGGUCAACCUCCAGAAGAUAUAAUUGAACUCUCGGCACUGGAUUCAGCUACGUUGGGUGGUGAUAUGGCGGGAGGAUCUGGUAUGGGUGCCAGUGGUAACCCACAAUGUCCCAUGAUGUAGUAAUGGUACUGAUUCGAAAGCUACCAUGUUACUUUAUAUUUUUGUUACUAGUUUUAAAUAAUUUGGACCGUGGAUGGAUUUUAUGGUUUACAUAAAACGUUUUUUUAUUGUUUAUUUUUUUAUUGGACUGAAGUUCAACGCAUUUGGUGGGAAAAAUUAUUUUUGUCUCAAAAAAAGCAGCGCUUAUAAAUUAUAAAUAUUUUUAUCAAAUUUUUAGAACGAAAUUUUUAAUGUGAAAGGUUUUAACAACAAUAAACUACUUUAUAUUUACCACUCGGAA